AUGGAGAAGAUGAAGUUCGGGAAGAGAUUCACUGGAAAAGUAGCUGUCCUGACCGCUUCUACUCAGGGGAUCGGUUUCGCCAUCGCCGAGCGGCUUGGUCUCGAGGGGGCCUCCGUCGUGGUCUCCUCGCGUAAGCAGAACAAUGUAGAUGAAGCACUGGAGACACUUAAAGCUCAAGGCAUUGAAGCUCUGGGAUUAGUCUGUCACGUGUCAAAUUAACAACAAAGGAAGAAUCUCAUAGACAAAACUGUCCAGAAAUAUGGAAAGAUAGAUGUUGUAGUAUCAAAUGCUGCGGCCAAUCCAACAGUUGAGCCGAUUUUGCAGAACCAAGAAUCUGUGCUUGACAAGCUAUGGGAAGUAAAUGCCAAGGCUUCUAUACUUCUUCUACAGGAGGCAGCUCCUCACUUGAAGAAAGGUUCUUCUGUUGUUCUCAUAUCCUCACUUGCUGGUUUUCACCCACAAGCUUCCCACCAAAAAAUGUAUCGAGUCACUAAAACAGCCGUUCUUGGGUUAACUAAGGCCUUUCCUGGUGAAAUGACCCCAGAUACUCACGUAAAUUGUGUCGCUCCUGGUUUUGUGCCUACAAACUUUGCUUCAUACAUCACAACAACUGCUGCUGUGAGGGAAAAAAUCGAGGAGAACACUCUACUCAAGAGGUUUGGUACAACUGAAGACAUGGCUGCUGCCGCUGCGUUUUUGGCAUCUGAUGAUGCCUCUUACAUUACAGGAGAAACUCUGGUGGUGGCUGGAGGGAUGCCAACACGGCUCUAG